CUCAUUUUUACACACACACACAUACAAAGAAACAAAAAUAAUUAUUUUUUAUUAAUAAAGACUUAAAUUUAGGCCAUUUUCAAGGUUUAAGUAGUUUAAUAAUCAUGGAAGCGAUUGAAGCUGUCGAAAAGGAGAUCGAAAAAGUGAUAUCAAAAUUCUCUGGCGUUAAGAAACAGUCGGAAUCAACUUUAGAUGAAAUUAUUUCUGUUUUAGAAAUCUGUAGUUCAUCUCUUUAUAAAAUGGACAGCACUUCAACAAUUCCUGAACAGCAAGCAAAUGAAUUAAAGAAUGUGAUUGCAAGAUGUAAGGCAAAGUUACAGUCAAUUGGAACUGAACAUAGAUCUCUUCAUGCGACUGUUUCGAAAGUCGGGAAGGCUAUAGAUCGUCAUUUUACACCAGAUUAUCAGAGCAUUGCUCCAAUGGAUGUCUUUGAGAAUGAUAAAUACAUAGAAAUAUUAAAUCAAAUAAUUUCUGAACAUUUCUAUAGACAAGGCAUGAAUGGUGUAGCUGAAUCUCUUAUAAAUGAGUCAGCUCUGCCUCCAGAAGAGGAUAUACAUCUCGAAUUAUUUGCAGAUCUCUUUCAAAUGUCUGAAGCGAUAUUAAAUAAGAAUUUAGGACCAGCUCUAGAAUGGGUGACACAAUACAGUUCAGAAUUAGAUUCCCGAAAUAGCACAUUAGAAUUUAAGUUACGUCGACUAGCAUAUUUACAGCUACUGGAACAAGGCGUGAAUGGACAGGCUGAAGCUAUAGCGUAUACAAGAGCUCACUUUAAUAAGUUUAUAAUUAAGUUUGAGAAAGAGAUUCAAAUGUUGAUGGGAUGUCUUAUCUACUUAGGUCAGCAUGAUUUUCAUAAUACACCAUACAGCAUGUUGUUUAAGGAAGAGCUGUGGGUUGAUGGUGCUGAUUCCUUUAUUCAGGAAUCUUGUGAGAUCGUUGGAGUCAAUCGAGACUCAAGUUUGGAAAUAAUCAUAAAUUCUGGAUGUUAUUCACUGCCAGCAUUAAUGAACCUCAAGCAAAUAAUGUUAAAGAAUCGAGUAUCAAGUGUUUGGUCCGAAAGGAAUGAAUUACCAAUUGAAAUAGACUUAGGACCUGAAUAUCGUUUUCAUUCAGUGUUUACAUGUCCGAUUCUUAAAUUACCAAGUACUGAACAGAAUCCACCAAUGAAAUUGAAAUGUGGACAUGUAAUCUCAAAAGACGCUAUGCAGAAAUUAACGAGAGGAUUGAUGCUGAAAUGCCCAUACUGUCCAAAGGAAUCGACUGUGUCUGAAGCAAAGAAAAUCUUCUUCUGAUAGUGUUGGAUGUCAUUUGAGCAUUUUUAAUAAAUUAAUCAUUAGAUUGAUGUUGAUGAGGAUGUAUUCAGAGGUUAUUUGAGGUUUGGGAAUUAUUAAGAGGAGCAUCUUGUGUUGGAACUGGAUU